AUGAGAGAGGAAGAGGAGAGAUUGGAAACUGGGCCGGAAUUUUUUGCCCCUGCCGGAGGCCGGCCACCGGAUAGAAGUAAACAAAUGUUAAUCACUGAUUUCUGGAGCCUUGUUUCCAACCAUGGCUAUGCUUCAGUGGAGGAUCCUAGAGAAUCAAUGCCUAAGGAGAUCAGGCCGAAGGAGGGUGCAGCAAUGGGGGGCCAACGACCUGGAGGAGAUGUUGAAGGUCGUCGAUCCUAUGCUGCUGUGUCAAAGAAGGGGUUGCCAGAUGUGGAUGAUCUUCCAGAGCCUAUCCGCGCUGGGCCUCUGACUAAGGUGGUGGUACCACAAGAGGCAUAUGAAGAGAAACUUCAAACGUUCUCUUUUUCCUUGAUCGGAAGGGUAAAUUUCAGUUUCAUCUCCAUGGAUGAUAUUCGUCGUGAUUUGGCAAAGUUAUGGAACUUGAAGGGGAAGAUUAAUCUUGCUCCUCUAGGGAAGGGUUUCAUCCUCUUCCGCUUUGAGAGGGAGGGGGAUAUGUCAUCGGUAUGGAGACGAGGACCCAUUAAAGUUGGGACUCAGGUGAUUAGAUUUCAGAAGUGGAGGCCAGAAUUUAGCAUCCAUGAUAAUCACACCCAAACUAAACUAGUCUGGGUUCGUUUCCCUGAACUUCCGAUGGAGUAUUGGCAUGAAAAAAUCCUUCUGACAAUGGCCAAAGCCGCAGGGAGGCCUGUAGCUUUGGAUCGCAAAACAUUGAAUGGCACCAUGGGCAACUACGCCAGAGUCCUCGUUGAGGUCGAGUUGGUCGGAGCCAGGGUGGAGGAGAUUCAAGUGGAACGAAAGAAACCUGGUACAGACAUCGUUUUCUGGUUCAAACAGCGGGUGUUGUAUGAGGACGAUCUCUCAAGAUGCACCUUAUGCAAAAAACUGGGCCAUAUGGCCAACCAAUGUCGCGAUAAGAAGGACGAAAGAAAGCCUGUUGACCAGAAUAAUGGCAGUUCUCUUGCAGAUGUUCAUGUCCAAGGUAACUUUGCCGGAGUUGGGAGAGAAGGGUCGACUGCAAAAACGGCCAGCCCCAGCUGUGUGAGGAGUCCCAGAUUGGUAGGAGAAUAUUUCUCUCCUACGGUUAUGGAAACAGUGAAUGGGGAAAUUAAUUGCCUUGUGGAGGGAAAUCUGGUGGUUGACUUAGACAAAGAUAGUAUUUCUAAUGAUGGAAUUAUACUUUCACAGAAUUUGGGAGGACCGAAUUCUAACAAGAAUCACUGCAGGGAGAAUCUGGAGCCAAAUAUGGUGGAUAAUCCAUUGGGUGAGGGUGAAUAUGGGUCGGACCACAUCAAUACGGUAUCCGACGGGGAAUGUGACUCUGUGGAAGGAAGCGAGCAGGGAGAGGAUGAUGCUAAUCCAAGGGCUGGAAACAAUUUGGAGGAAUCUUUUGCAGCUUGGAACUUAAGGCCUCGACGUAAUAUUAAUUACCAUGGAGGUCAUGCUGGUCGAGGAUCAACUAAAGGUGGUAGAGGCGGUAGAGGUGAGGAAGGGGUGGUGGCCGAGAAUAUUGUAAAGGGCCUUCCUCCCACCCAGCUGGUGGGAGGUCGUGCUAUUGUUCACCAUCCAGAAGUUGCUGCUAUUGAUAAUGCUUUACGCGCAAAGGAGGCGGCAGCAAGGAAAGGGUUGAAGAAGGCCUCUGGUAAGAACGCUUUACGUGUUCUUGUGAAAGAAAAGGAUCCUGAUAUGCUUUGCAUUGCGGAGCCAAUGAUCGAGGCCCCAAAUUUAUGGGUAGUUUGGAAGAGGAAUUUAAAUAUUCCUACAAUUAUUGCUGAGUCAGAGCAGCAUAUUUCGGUUUCUAUUACAUGGGACUCAAUUACGGCUCAAAUAUCUUUUGUUCACGUGAGUAGCUUUAGAGCAGAAAGAAGAUCUUUGUGGAUGAAGUUGAUGGCUGAUUCUCCUCAGUCCCCUACUCCAUGGGUAAUUAUGGGUGAUUUUAAUGCAACAUUGCAAUCUCAUGAGAAGAGAGGGCCGGGCAACUUUAGUAUGGGGUCGGCAGCUGAAUUUGGAGCCAUGGUUGAUGCUUGUUUAAUGGCUCAAGUGCCUUCUUCUGGACUGAAGUUUACUUGGUCCAACAACCGCCGCAGAGGUAAUGUUCGCGCAGUGUUGGAUAGAAGUUUCUGUAAUGACGAAUGGAUAUCUCGAUUUCAGGAUUGUGCCCAAACAGUCUUUGAUCGAAUUGCCUCUGAUCAUGCCCCUAUUAUGGUCACUUCAGCCCUAUCUCAGAGACCGCCUAAUGCCCCUUUUCGGUUUCACAAAUUUUGGAUAGACCAUACAGAUUUUGAAACUGUGGUUAACUCAUCUUGGAGUGAGUGGAUUUCAGGGAACCCUAUUUUCGUCCUCAUGCUCAAGUUGAAAAAAUUAAAAGAAGUUUUGAAAAUCUGGGCUAAGACCUCCUUUCCAAACAUUGAUAGAGCUCUUGAAGAUGCAUAA